AUGAGAACAGUUCGGAUGAUAAGCUUGAAACGAAUACUGUCACCACCGCCAUUGCUUCGUUGUGUUUUAUUUCUUGUUUGUAUUGCGCUUUUGUUGGAUGUAAAUAAUGGCCAGGAUGGUGGAGAUGAUUACAAUGAUGGCGGCGAGGAUGCUGCCCCGGCUCCACCACCAGGUCAAGACGAAUGUAAUGGGAUCUUCUUGACGUACAGUUUGACUGGACGAGAAAAGGAAUUACCUUUCCUCAAGGAUGCAGCCAAACAAGCUUGGGCGUUUAAGGCCAUUGCGAGUAUUGUGAAUGCUGGCACUGAGGAGCUUAAAGCGUGGAAAAUGUUUGUGGGGUUUCAGCACAAAGAGAUUUUGGUGUCGGCUACCGGAGCCACCAUUAUCGACGGUUCUGAUUUUCCUACGCCGGUUGGGAAUGGAACCACCUUUGUGGGCAACCCAAUGGCGGAUUUGAAAACCUCCAUCGAUACCGCCGGUGAUUAUUCUCAGAUUUCCGCUAAGAUUGAAAUCAAAGGCACCCAAUUCGGAGUUAGGCCACCGGGUGUCCCAAUGCCAAAGAGCCUUAAGCUCAUGAACGAUGGAUUUGCUUGUCCUGGCGCAACCAGAAAAGGGAGCUAUAUGCAUGUCUGCUGUAAAAGGAAUCCAAAAUACAAAGCGCCACCAGCCAAAACCACCAAAUAUGCACGACGGCAGAAGGGAGAUCUCUCUAUAAUGUUUGAUGUAAUUCAAGCCUCUGCCAACAAUUAUCUUGCUGAAGUUACCAUUGACAACCUCCACCCUUUAGGCCGGCUUAACCAUUGGAACUUGACGUGGGAAUGGCAACAUGGUGAGUUCAUUUCAACCAUGAGGGGAGCUUUCACUCGCAAAAAGGGCGCUGCUGAUUGCAUUUAUGGCCCUGCUGGGAAAUAUUACAAGGAAUUUGAUUUCUCAACUGUCAUGAAUUGUCAGAAGAAGCCUAUCAUUUCUGAUUUGCCUGCUGAUAGAAAAGAUGAUGAGAAAAUUGGGAAGUUACCAUUUUGUUGUAGGAAUGGUAGUGUUUUGCCAAAAACGAUGAAUGCGAGUGAGUCAAAAUCGGUUUUUCAGAUGCAGGUUUUUAAGUUGCCUCCUUAUGACAACAGAACUGCUCUUCUUCCCCCACUGAAAUGGGCAAUCACUGGUAUUGUAAAUCCCACGUACAAGUGUGGUGCUCCGCUAAGAGUUGAAGCAUCUGAAUAUCCUGACCCCACGGGACUUCAAGCUAUUACUACUGCAAUGGCAAGUUAUCAAAUCAUUUGCAACAUUACAAAGCCUGAGAAACAUAAAGCUCGGUGCUGUGUUUCAUUCUCUGCCUAUUAUAAUGACUCUAUCAUUCCUUGCCAAACUUGUGCUUGUGGUUGUCCAAAUACUGAAAGAUGCAACCCCAAGGCUAAAGCUUUGCUCCUUCCUGCAGAGGCUCAACUUGUGCCUUUCGAAAAUAGGACUCUCCAAGCUAAAGCUUGGGCUAGUAUCAAUCAUAAGCGUGUUCCUAGGCCAAUGCCAUGUCCUGACAACUGUGGAGUGAGUGUUCAUUGGCACGUCAAUAGUGAUUAUAAAGAAGGAUGGUCAGCCAGAGUUACCAUCUUCAAUUGGGGUGCUGACACAUUUGAGGAUUGGUUUGCAGCAGUGAAAAUGGACAAGGCUUAUGCAGGUUUUGAAAAAGUGUAUUCAUUCAAUGGGACAAAGUUGCCUCAAGUAAAUAAAACCAUUUUCUUCCAAGGGUUAAAAGGUCUAAAUUACUUGGUGGCAGAGACAAACGGUUCUAAAAGAGGUGAACCAAGAGUGCCAGGAAAACAGCAAUCUGUGAUUUCAUUCACCAAGAAACAAACACCAAAAAUAAAAAUUCCGAGGGGUGAUGGGUUUCCUGCUAAGGUGUUCUUCAAUGGAGAAGAAUGUGCUCUUCCAGCAGAAUUUCCUAAGAAAGAUUCCGGGCAUAAAUCUCCUGUGAAUUUCUUGCUUGUUAUGCUCAUCGGAGUCCUGACUUUCGUGUUGAUGCAGGAUCAAUUCCAUUAAAACUGGCACCCAUUUGGGUUAUUUUGUCUUCUUGUAAGUCUGUUCUGUAGGAAGUUGGUAAGAUUUCAAUUACUUGUAUUUAAAUUAUUUAAGCAAUUAGAGCACUCUAUCAUGGAAAAAUUUUAACUAAGCACUGCUUUAAU